AUAGGGACGUCGAGGCCAGUCGGGGUUAAGGCUGCGUCCCUGCACGACGGCCCCGCCGUUGAAUACAAUUGCUUACAACCGACAAAGGGGGCUUUCCAUCUCCGUCACGUCCAGCGUCGGGCUUUGUGUCGGCGUCAGGAGGCAGCCAUGUUGUCUGGCCAAUUCCGUGGCAUAGUUGACGAUGAUGGGCAGUGUGGCGAUUCCGUCCAUCACUCCCUUGUGCAGGAUGAGUGAUGGAUGCGCGUUUGGAAGCCAUCUCCCUCGAGAUAUAAAAGGGGCCUUCUUUCGUGGGCUUUGGGAAGACGGAUAUGAUUGUAGUUCAUUACAUCCAGCAUCCCUAAGAGCAUCUACCUACUACCCAGCUGCUAGAUAUCAACUCUUCGAUCCAUCACUCAAGGCCAUCUCCAACAACCCCUCCGCCCCUCUUCCAACAAAACCCCCUCUCGUCGCAAUGUCGUCCUCCAGCAGCACCCCGGUGUGGUUCAUCACGGGCGCUAGCAGCGGCUUCGGCGAAGCCGUGGCCAAGGAGGCGCUCGCGCGCGGCCACCGCGUCGUCGCCAGCGCGCGGUCGGCCGCAUCCCUCGCGGGCCUGGCCGCGACCGGCGCCGCCGUCAUGGCCGUCGACGUGACGGCCCCGGACGCCGAGCUGGCCGCCAAGCUAGCCGAGGCCGCGGCCGUGCACGGGGCCAUUACCCACGUUCUCAACGCCGCGGGCUACAUCCUCGAAGGCGCGGUCGAGGAGGCCUCGGCCGCCGAGUCGGCCGCCAUGUUCAACACCAACGUCCAGGGCGCCGUCAACAUCAGCAAGGCCGCCAUCCCACACCUCCGGCGCGCCGCGGCCGCAGCCGCAGCAUCAUCAGCCGCCGAUUCGUCGUCGUCGUCGCCCUCGCGGCCUACCCCCGUGCUCGCCAACUUUGGCAGCCUGGGCAGCUGGUUCGGCUCGCCCGCGUGCGCGCACUACUGCGCGUCCAAGUGGGCCGUCAGCGGCCUGUCCGAGGGGCUGGCGGCCGAGCUGGCGGGGCUGGGCAUCGCCGCCACCGUUGUGGAGCCGGGCUACUUCCGCACCGGCUUCCUCAACACGGCGGCCUCGGGGAGCAAGGAGCGCCGCGUCAGGACGGCGGGCCCGCUGCCCGACGUGUACGGGCCCGGCACGGCCGUGGGUGCCGUCCGGGGCGCGCUCGAGGGCUACGACAACGACCAGCCGGGCGACGUCGUCAAGGGCGCCAGGGUGAUCGUUGACGUGCUGACGGGCACGGGCGUGAGUAGCGGUCGCCAAGUGCCGCCCCGCAUCGUCCUGGGCACCGAUGCUCUCGAAGGGAUCCGAAAGAAGUGCGAGGAGACGCUGGCGCUGCUGAAGGAGUGGGAGGAUGUUGCACGCUCCACCGACUACUGAGUGCCUGCAAUAUGCUGUUCGCAGUGGGAGCAUGUUAGACUAGAUGUUUCAAGGUGUUAUAGACUCGGCGCUUGGAGAUUAGAAGUUAGAACGGUGAUAGGAUUAGAUUUCAUAGUCGCUGCUUAGAUUCAUUAGACCUAUUUGAGCCAUA